CUUUGUGCUCCUGUUUUAAUUUGUUAAUAAAACCCUGCCUCUACGCUUCCUUGUUGACACAGAGCUCACUCAUGUAAAGUUUCGCUUUUGUUUUUGUUCUCAGAUAAUGCAAAUACUGAAAAAUGGUGAAAUGUGGGCAGAUACAGGUGUCUAUUUGUGGUCUAUGAAGGUGUGUGUCUGUAUUUAACCUUGAUUGCAAGAUACACAUGUACAAGUUGCGUUUUGAGAUAUUGAAGGUCUGAUAAUGGCCGUAAAGGAACUGACAGUAUUUAUGGUGUGUUUUUGGAUCGUCUACUCUGCUGCUGGGCAUGAAUUCUUCUCAUCAACAGAUCAAAUUGCACAGCUAUAUGGGAAGACGAAAGAUUUUCUGAAGGUCUUCAGUCAGUGCAUUGAUGCUGACAAUGUAGAGACAAUGAAGAGUGUUCUUCUGAAUCUUCUGCUUUCAUACUCUGACUCUGAGAACCCUGAGGAAGCCAUGAGAAACCCUGUGGCAGCUUACAGACUCCUCAGACAAAUGAGAAAUGAUUUGAUAUUUAUUGAAAAACACAUUAAGCCGAAUCUUUAUCAGUGUGAAGAGUAUCAGGAUGAGUUGGAUGCAAAACUUCUAGAGAUCCCACAGCUGGAGGACGUGGAUGGUGCAGCUUCUGGACUGAUCAGACUGCAAGAGAUCUACAAACUCCACCCAGAAGACAUCACAAAGGAAACAUCUCUAAAUGCAGAUGAAGCCUACCAUGUGGGGUUGGUCGCUUAUGAUGAGGGAAAAUUCCAGCAUGCCUUUCUCUGGUUUCUGGACAGUCUGGACAGAUUAACAGAAUACUCAACCACUACUGAGGAAGAGUUGCUCCAUUACCUUAGUUCCUCAGCCUAUCAUUUUGGCAGCCUACCUGUGGCAAUCUACUUCGGCCAGCAGCUUCUAAAUCUGGUCAUAAACAUCUUUGCCCCAGAUCCAAGUAAUGAUGAAGUCAGAGUUCAGCUAAACUGGCUCCUUCACUUACAGAGCAACCCUGACAUAUUUACACUGAACACAGAGUCAAGUAACUAUGAGGCACUGUGCAGAGGAGAGGUUGACGAGAGGACCUCCAAGAGGCAGAGGGCGCUGUCCUGUAGGUACAGCACAGGUGGAGGAAACCCCAGACUGAUGUACGCACCAGUGAAAGAGGAAGUGGAGUGGGACGAGCCUCGAAUCAUCAGAUAUCAUGACAUUAUAUCAGACAGAGAGAUAGAGAUCCUGAAAAAUAUCUCCAGACCUCAACUUUCUAGGUCUCAGAUCGGAAAGGGCACAGUCUCAGACUUCCGUACUUCUCAAAGUGUUUUUCUAAAAGAGGAUUACACUGUUGCUCGCAUCAAUCAGAGGAUUGCAGACAUCACAGGACUCUCCAUAGAAUCAUCUGAAUAUCUACAUGUUCAGAAUUACGGGAUUGGUGGCAGAUAUGAACCACAUUAUGAUGCAUGGGAUAAUGAGAAUGAAAGGAUUGCUACAUUCUUAAUUUAUAUGAGUGAUGUGGAAAUAGGGGGCACCACUGUGUUUCCUAAAGUUGGAGUUGCAUUGCAGCCAGAAAAGGGUUCAGCCGUGUUUUGGUACAACCUUCACAAGAGUGGUACAGUGGAUUUAAAAACGGAGCAUGCUGGAUGCCCUGUGUUAAUGGGUAAUAAAUGGGUGGCUAAUAAAUGGAUCCAUGAGUAUGGACAGGUGUUCAGGAGACCCUGUUCUUUGUCAGACAGAGAGUGAAAGACAGUGCAACCAUGUAGACAUCAUAUGAAGUGUAUCUGUACUAUAGAAGUACCUGUUAUUUUUAUUAUGCAUCAUGAGUUUUUAUAAUGUACAAUAGAUCAUCUGAUCCCAGGUGAAAAGUAAAUAAAUUUAAAUUGUGUGUUUUUA